ACCCACCUUUGUGACAUCACCUCUAUUGCUAAGCAACAGACUCAGGAGUCCACUAGCCCCAUACGCCCUGGGGGAAGCUUUGGACAAAGGUGCUGGGAGAAGGAAGCUCCGGAGGAAAGGAGUCGCCAACAUGCUGCGUGUGAUAGUGAAGUCUGCCACGAUUAACCCGCCCCUGAGCCCCCCACCCAGACCCUGUGUGUCUGUCUACUUCAGAGAUGUCAAGAAGAAAACUACGGAGGGAGAAGGAAAUAACCCCACAUGGAACGAAACCUUAAUUUGGCACCUCUGGGACCAACCCCUACAGGAUGACUCUUUCCUGCAAGUCAUCCUUCAGGACUUGUGCUCAGAAAAGAAAGGAAGGUUCAUUGGCUUGGUCACAAUAUUGCUCAAGCCCUUGGUGAUAAAACCAAGAAAAGUUCUUUUUGUGAAGGACCUGACCCUCCUCAACCAUUCCAUGAAGCCCACACAUUGCACUAUCACCCUAAAUGUGGCCCAAAUGACCAGCCAGGAUAUUGAGAAGACAGGAGAUGGAGACCUCCUAGGCGUAACUGCCCUGGAAGCAGCCAGGCAGAAGCAGAUGGCUCCCAGCUACGUCGCACACAAGGAACUGUCCUCAAAGCCGCAGCACUUUCAGGUCCAAGUGAAGGUGUUUGAAGCCCGCCAGCUCAUGGGCAACAACCUCAAGCCAUUGGUGAAGGUGGUCAUUGGAGGCCAUCAGAACCACACCCGCACAAAGAUGGGAAGCAACCCUUUCUUCAACGAGAUCUUCUUCCAGAAUUUCUAUGAGAUUCCUGCAAAGUUCUUCGAUUACUCCAUCUUAAUCCAGGUGCAGAAUGCCUCAGGGAUAAGAGCCACUUCGGAGAUCGGCAGAUUCCAAACAGAUAUUGGUUUUAUCUACAAUUCUCCAGAUCACGCACUCCAGAGGAAGUGGUUAGGCCUCUGCCAACCAAAUGAACCCCACAGUGGUGUGAGAGGCUACCUGAAGGUCACCAUCUGUGCUCUCGGUGUGGGAGACCAGGCCCCGGUAGAUCAAAAGCUGCCCUAUGAUGUCGAUGACACCAAAAUUCACAUCUUGAAGUCAACAAUAGUCCCGGUGAACCUGGCCUACUUACAGUUCUUCAUCUACUGUGCAGAGGACCUUCACCUCAAGAAACACCAUUUAGUGAGUCCAAUGUUGGAAGUGGAACUAAUCGGGGAAAAGCUGAAGACACAGGUGAAGACCCAAACCGAGAACCCCAUCUGGAACGAGAUCCUGACCUUACAGAUUCAGCUGCCCUGCCUCUCCAGCUACAUCAAGUUCAGAGUCUGGGACUGCCCCAAGGGCAAAUUCUGGAGUGAAAUUGGGACUGUCAGCCUGAUACUCAACCAGAUCUCGUCCACCGGAGCAGAAAUAGAAGGCAAGCAGCCCCCAGCCCCCCGCCAGUGCCUCUCGCACCUGGCCGCCCUCUCACCCUCUCUUCUUGCAGGAAUGUACUCUGGUUUCCUACCCUGCUUUGGCCCCAGCUUUUUGACUCUCCAUGGGGGUAAAAAGGCCCCUUUCCAGAUCCAAGAAGAAGGCGCUAGUAUCCCCAGCUCUGUUAAGGACGGUUUGGAGUAUCGAGGCCGGAUCUUCCUGGAGUUAGUCACCAACACCAAGUCCCAGCCAGACACUAGGAUAAAUGACCUCUCCCAGGAAGUGACCAGUGUAGAGAGGCACAUGAACCGCCAAAAGUAUGGGCUGUGCAUCAUCUUCCUUUCCUGUACCAUGAUGCCCAACUUUAAGGACCUGAUCCAAUUCGAGGUCAGCAUCGGCCACUAUGGAAACAAGAUGGACCAGAAUUACAAGCCUCUCGUCUCAACUACACAGUAUAGCCCAGUGAUAUAUGAUGGGAACGUCUACAAUUACGUGCCCUGGUACAACACCAAACCGGUGGUGGCCCUCACCUCCUACUGGGAGGGCGUCAGCUUCCGCGUGGACUGCCUCAACCUCCUGCACUUCACUCGGGACCGCCUGAAAGCCAACCUGGACACCCUGAAAUCCAUUCGGAACCCGAGGGACCCCGCCCUGCUCUCCCAGUGGAGGAAGCUGCUGAGGGAGCUGGUGGAGGACUGCAAGCACCCUCUGCCCUGCAUGAUCGACCAGCCCAACGCCACUGAGCUGGACAGGGAGAGGUGGCAGCUCCGUUGCCACCUGCUCAAGGAACUGGCCCAAAAGGCCAAGGAAGUUCAGCCGAGGGACAUGGUGGCCACCGUGGAGGGCUGGCUAUACCGCCUCAACGCCGUGCUCCCCGAGCCCCAGGUGAGCAUCCCGGACGUGAUGAUCUGGCUGAUGGCCAAGGAGCAGAGAGUGGCCUACGCACUGGUGCCGGCCCACGCCGUCCUGUUCUCCCCGACGGGGCCUCUGCACUGCGGCAAGCUCUGCGGGAAGAUACAGACCCUGCUCCUGCAGUACCCAGAGGGCGAAGGGCCGAAGGACUCGCUCCCGGCCCAUCUCCGGGUCUGCAUGUGGCUGGGCGACGUCACAGACAGCUGGGACCUGCAGCUGCUCCGAGAGGGCGAGGUGGUCGUGUACGCGGAGACGUAUGAGAACCAGGCCAAGUACAAAGACCAGUGGGGGCAGCAGGGGCUGUACCAGUCCCCCAACUUCUCCGACGUCCUGGGCCACAAGGCCCUCCCCAAGGAGGACUUCAAGGAGCCCUCGGGAUGGCACUGGGCGGGGAAGUGGACGGUGGAGCCGCAGAGGAGACUCCUCCUGGACACAGACAUCAACAAGAGCCAGGUGCUGGAGGAGGUGUAUGAGAACCAGCAGCGGGACCCCGCGGGGGCCUGGGUGCCGGCCGCCACCCCCAACACCGACGUGGACGGGAAGCCCGUGGAGGCGCGGGAGAAUGUGAAGUGCCCCCAGGGCUGGCACGUGAAGAAGAACUGGACGGUGGAGCUGAACCACGCGGUGGACGAUGAGGGCUGGGAGUACGGCGUGGGCAUCCAGCCCUCCGGCCUGCCUCCGGUCUGGAACUCGGUGGAGAAGACCUACUACUCCUGCCGCCGGCGGCGCUGGGCGCGCGUGCGCUGCCGGAACCAUGGGAAGCUGAGCCCGGAGCAGGAGGCCCUGUCCUUCCUGCAGCUGGACCACGCCGGCCCAGCCCAGGAGGAGGAGGAGGGCUGGGAAUACGGCACCCUGGGCUCCAAGUUCAACCUGAACCCUCAGCCCCAGAGCCGGUUCCGCCGCCGCCGCUGGCACCGCAGGCUGGCCCCCAACAAGGACAAGGGCAUCGCACCCGUGUUCCUCCUGGAGGGAUCCCUGGGGAAGGACCUGAAAAGGCUGGCCGAGAAGGAAGAGAACAGGCCGCCGUCACGGGGUCUCGGCAGGACGCUCAGGGGGAGCUCCUGGAAGCCCGCCCCGGAGAACACCCCGCCCCACCUGCCUUUCAUCUACUGCGUCUUCAGCAAGCCCCACUACUACCAGCUUUUCUGCUACAUCUACCAGGCCCGGAACCUGCUGGGCAACCGGAUCCAGACGUUCCAGGACCCCUUCCUCCGGUUGGUCUUCUUGAACCACAGCCAGUGCACCCAAACCCUGAGGAGCUCUGCAGCCCCCACGUGGGCCCAGACGCUCAUCUUCCAGCACCUCCUCCUGUACGAGAGCCCUCAGGACACCAGGGAGAGCCCGCCGCUCGUGGUGCUGGAGCUGUGGCAGCGGGACUCCCGGGGCAAGGAGAGCUUCCGGGGACGGAGCAUGUGGCCCCCAGUGGUCUGGCUGGAUGUCCAACAUCGGGUCUUGCCCCCCAUGAGGUGGCAUCCCCUUGCAAAAGAGUUGGGGGAGGAAGAGGGAGAGAUCUUGGCAUCCUGUGAGCUGAUCCUUGAGACUGAGGUACUGGGAGAGAGGGCCCUGCUGGGAGGUGAGCUGCCGAUCUUAAGCGUUCCCUGGAAGAACGGGGUCUUCACACUCCCCAAGAGCAUGCAGCCCACGCUAAGGAAAAUGGCGGUGGAGAUCCUGGUCUGGGGGCUCCGGAACAUGAAGCAGGUGAGCUCCCCCCAGCUGCUGGUGGAGUGCUGGGAGGAGACCCGGCAGACAGAGCCCAUCAGGGACUUCAAGACCAACCCCAACUUCGCCCAGUCGGUCCUCUUCCUCACGCUGUUCAUGCCCACGGAGGAGGCCUACGCGCUGCCCCUCGUGUUGAAGGUGGUGGACAAUAAGGACUUCGGCCAGCAGACCCUGGUGGGUCAGGCCAACGUUGACUCCCUGCAGCCCUACUUCUGUGACCCCUGGGCUUCAGACUACGUGCCCCCACGGCUUCCAAAGCUGUCCGUGAACAAGCACCAGUUCCUAGAUGACCUUGUUGAAAAGUUCUGGUUCAAGUCCAGCAAAGCUGAGGAUGAAGACGAGUAUGACGUGGACUGGUGGAGCAAGCUGUUCUGGGCCACGGGGGACGGCAAGUCCCUGAAGUACAAGGACAAAGACUACCACACCCUGGAGGUGUACGACUGUGAACUGGAGGCUGUGCCAGCCUUCCAGGGCCUGCAGGAUUUCUGCCAGACCUUCAAACUCUACCAGGAACAGCCCAAGUCAGACAGCCCUGUGGUCGGAGAGUUCAAGGGCCUUUUCCGUGUCUACCCCUUUCCCGAGAAUCCAAAAGCCCCCCAACCCCCCCGCCAGUUCUUGGUUUGGCCUCAUAAAGAAGACUUCCCUCAGCAAUGCCUGGUGCGGGUGUACGUGGUACGAGCCAUCAACCUGCAGCCCCAAGACUACAACGGCCUGUGUGACCCUUAUGUGAUCCUGAAGCUGGGACAGACAAAACUUGGCAGCCGAGACACGUACCAGCCCAACACCCUGAAUCCCAUCUUUGGCACGAUGUUUGAACUGAGCUGCACCAUCCCCCUGGAGAAGGACCUAGAGAUUGAGCUGUAUGACUUUGACCUGUUUUCACCUGACGAUAAGAUUGGCACCACAGUCAUCGACCUCGAAAACCGACUCCUGUCUGGCUUCGGGGCUCGCUGUGGGCUCUCCCAGUCAUACUGCCAGACAGGACCCUUUAGGUGGCGGGAUCAGGUGCCCCCAAGCUUCCUCCUGGAACACCACGCCAUACGGAAAGGAUUGCUUCCUCCUCUGUUCAACCCUGACGGCGACUCUGUUUUUUACAAUGGGAAAAAGUUCAAGCUGAAGCGCUUCGAGUCCCAGCCCCCUACUGCUCGUUACUUGGGUCCCAAAAAGGAGCGCCUUGCACUGUACCUCCUGCACGCCCAGGGGCUGGUACCCGAGCACCUAGAGACCCGCAUGCUGUACAGCAGCAACCAGCCAGGCAUUGACCAGGGAAAGAUACAAAUGUGGGUGGACAUCUUCCCCGAGAAACUGGGGCCUCCUGGCCCCCCAGUCAACAUCAGGCCCAGGAAGCCUAAAAGGUAUGAGCUGCGCUGCAUUAUCUGGAAAACUGCCCACGUGGACCUGAAGAGCGUCAAUCUGAGUAACGAGAAGAUGAGUGACAUCUACGUCAAAGGGUGGCUAUUCGGGCUGGAGAAGGACAUGCAGAAGACAGACAUCCACUACCAAUCCCUGACUGGCGAGGGCAUCUUCAACUGGCGGUUCAUCUUCACCUUGGACUACCUGGUGGCUGAGCAAAUGUGCGUCCUGAGCGAGAAGGACUACAUAUGGAGCUUAGACCCCAUGGUGAUGAAAUUUCCGGCCCGGCUCAUCAUCCAGAUCUGGGACAAUGACAUCUUCACCUACGAUGGCUUCCUAGGGGUCCUGGAGCUGGAUCUGUCUGACAUGCCCUUCCCGGCCCAGAACGCAACCAUGUGCUCCAUCAGGAUGAUGGAUGCUGACCCCAAGUGGCCCCACUUCUUCCCGCACAAGCGCUUCUCCCUCUUUAAGAAGAGGACUGCAACCGGCUGGUGGCCUUGCCAGGUCCUCGAGGAUGGCAAGUGGCGCUUAUCGGGUAAAGUGAAGAUGACACUGGAGAUUCUGUCUGAGGAGGAAGCCUUAAUCAGGGCAGCAGGACGUGGCCAGUCAGAGCCCAACCAAUACCCUACACUCCACGCUCCCCCGCGCUCCAACACCUUGCUCUCAUGGUUUCGGUCACCCAUUAGAAACUUCUGCUAUGUUUUCUGGAAACGCUACCGCUUUAAAAUCAUAAUCAUCUCAAUCAUAUUGAUUAUCGGGCUUAUGCUGUUCAGUUUCAUGUACUCAGCUCCGGGCUAUUUGGCCAUGAAAUGGGUCAAACCUGAGCUGCAGCUGGCUGCACCUAAGGAUAUAUUCACCAAUAUCAUCAAUUCACUGAACACCAGCAAGGCCAGCUCUUCCAACCUCACCACCCCAAGUCCUACCACAGGCCAUUAACUGGAACUCCU